AUGGCACCAUCCAUCGCCGAACUGCCGCCAUCUGGCCUCGAGACCAGCAAGACCAUCCCCAUCAAGCCCUGGAGCCGUCCGGAGCCGACCAAAGAGGACCUGGACUGGGCACCUCUCGUUGAAAUCGACUUGUCUCGUUUCGAUGAGCCCGGCGGCAAGGAGGCUCUCGCCGAUCAACUCCGCGAUGCAGUCACCAACGUCGGUUUCUGGGUCGUAACGGGCACUGGCAUAGAAGAUGAGCGUGUGCUCCGGCAAUUCAGCAUUGGAAAUACCUUUUUCCAAGAACCGUUGGAGGAGAAGAGAAAGCAUCCUUGUCAUUUUGAGAGGGGCGAGUACUAUGGGUACCGUGAGAACUCCCGAUGGAUCGGCGACACUGGUAUCAAAGAGAACAUUGAGAUGCUCAACGUUCAAAAGCCCAUUCCACAGCUGGAUGACGAGCCCCGGCACCGCGUCGUCCAGGAGAAUUGGGAUGAGAUUGCGUCUUUCCACCGUGAGCUCCAUGAGAAAGUGGCCCGCAAGUUGUACACCCUGAUGGCGAUAAUCCUGGAACUCCCGGAGGAUUACCUUUAUGACCUUCACAACUACGACGGUAAAAGUGAUGAUCACCUGCGAUACAUGAUUUACAAUGUCCGCACCCAGGACGAAUGGGAUCGUGCGCAGGCGUAUUCCAAGGGAGGACAUACUGACUUCGGCUCCCUGACGCUCUUGUACGCUCAAAACGUUGCCGGGCUGCAGAUCCGCACCCCCGAAGGCGAAUGGAAGUAUGUCAAGCCUGUGAAGGGAGGUAUUACGUGCAAUGCCGCGGAUACCCUGAGCUUCCUUACCAAAGGAUAUAUUAAAUCGACCAUUCACCGUGUCGUGACUCCGCCCAAGGAUCAGAUCGAUAUCCCUCGCCUAGGCCUUCUAUACUUCUCAAGGCCCGGUGACAAUGCACCCAUGCGCGCAGUGCCUUCGCCCGUUCUGGACAGACUUGGUCUGCUCACCGCAGAGGAUAAAGAUGAGAAUGCGCACGUGGUUACUGGGACCGAGUACGUGCGGGCUCGAGUCAAGGACGUCCAUCACAAGACAGUUCUGGACAAGCGUGAGGGAACCAACUUCGAGUUCAAGGGCUUGAAGGUGCAGAAUUACUAUGAUUAG